AUGGCACAAGUACUUGAUUCUUAUAUUAAUAAAUCAGUUAAUAUAGUUACAGCAGAUGGUCGAAUUAUCAUUGGAACAUUACGUGGAUUUGAUCAAGCUAUAAAUAUUAUUUUAGACGAUAGUCAUGAACGUGUAUUCUCCUCUACAGAUGGUGUUGAACAAGUUCUACUUGGUCUUUAUAUAAUACGUGGUGAUAAUGUUGCCUUGAUUGGUGAAAUAGAUGAAGAACUCGAUAAAAAUAUUGACUUUCCUGGAAUUCGAGCAGAUCCAUUACCACCAUCUAAAACAUAA